AUGGCGCUCCUUCAAUACAAAGCUCCUGUCAACUAUGAAGCCCAUCAAGAGGCUUUCGAGGACUUUCUUUCCACUUUCAAAACUUCUCCGACUGCGAAUAUUACUCACGCUCUCGGUGGUAUGAACAUUGAUGAGGAUGAUUUCAGUGAUGAAUACGACAUGAUGGAUAAUGAUGAUGAUGACCAUAAUUCAAGGAGACAAACAAGAGCUCAAGCAAAAGUGCCCAAACUCAAGUAUAUUGAGCUACUGCAGAAAGUCGCAGAUAGAUACGAAGAUGAAAUCACAAUUGAACUUGAUGAUUUAGCCAAAUAUGACGAUUUACUGGAUGAAGCUGGAACUCCUCUCAACCUAGUUGCUUCGAUCGAGACCAACGCAAAGCACUAUUUGGAUAUCUUGUCCAAGGCGGUUGACACAGUGAUGCCACAACCUACAAGAGAAAUUAACUACAAAGAUGAUGUACUUGACGUUCUCAUGUCGCAACGAACAGCUCGAAACAAUGCCUUAAGCCGUGCGGCCGCUGAGCAAAGCGACAUAACCAUUGAGCCCGAACUUUUCCCCGCCGAACUUACACGAAGAUAUACCCUUAACUUCAAACCCUUGACCGCUACUGGAGAUAGUUCAAAAAAGGCUUUGGCAGUGCGACAAGUCCGUGGUGAACAUCUUGGUCAUCUUAUUACUGUUAGAGGUAUUACUACAAGAGUUUCAGAUGUCAAGCCGACUGUGGAAGUCAACGCAUAUACUUGUGAUAGAUGUGGUUGUGAGAUUUUCCAGCCCGUUGGAUCCAAAACUUUCGGACCAUUAGUAGAAUGUCCUUCUCCCGAUUGUACUACCAACCAAACCAAAGGACAACUCCAUCACUCCACUCGAGCUUCAAAAUUCCAGCCAUUCCAAGAGGUCAAAAUUCAGGAAAUGGCCGAACAAGUUCCAGUCGGUCACAUUCCUCGAAUGCUGACUGUUCUAUGCCACGGAGCUCUAGUUCGACGUAUCAACCCUGGAGACGUUGUCGACAUUGCAGGAAUCUUCUUACCUACCCCAUAUACUGGGUUCAAAGCGAUUAGAGCUGGUCUUCUCACCGAUACAUACCUGGAGGCACAGCACGUUACCCAACACAAGAAGGCUUACGAGGAUUUGAUUAUUGAUAGUCGAGUUUUUAAACGAAUUGAGCAAUACAGAGCAUCUGGUCACGUUUACGAAUACCUUGCCAAAUCUAUCGCGCCUGAAAUUUAUGGACACUUGGAUGUUAAGAAGGCCUUACUCUUAUUAUUGGUUGGCGGUGUUACUAAAGAAAUGGGUGAUGGAAUGCGAAUUAGAGGUGAUAUCAAUAUCUGUUUGAUGGGUGACCCGGGUGUGGCCAAGUCUCAAUUACUCAAGUACAUCACUAAAGUGGCACCAAGAGGAGUUUACACUACUGGUCGAGGAAGCAGUGGUGUCGGUCUUACCGCAGCUGUCAUGAAAGAUCCUGUGACAGAUGAAAUGAUCUUGGAAGGUGGUGCAUUGGUACUUGCUGAUAAUGGUAUCUGCUGUAUCGAUGAAUUCGACAAGAUGGAUGACACUGAUCGAACCGCUAUCCACGAAGUUAUGGAACAACAAACCAUUUCCAUUUCUAAGGCCGGGAUUUCCACAACGCUGAAUGCCAGAACUUCCAUUUUGGCAGCGGCUAAUCCUUUGUAUGGUCGAUACAAUCCUAGAAUAUCUCCAGUCGAGAAUAUCAAUCUUCCAGCAGCUUUACUCUCCCGUUUCGAUGUACUAUUCCUGAUCUUGGACACUCCUUCUCGAGAUAACGACGCCCUCCUUGCCCGCCACGUCACCUACGUUCACAUGAACAACAAACAUCCCGAUACUGAAGGCGUUGUUUUCACACCUCAAGAAGUCCGUCAAUACGUCGCUCAAGCUAGAUCCUACCGCCCAACUGUCCCAACGAGCGUCUCGGAGUAUAUGGUAAAGGCUUACGUUAGAAUGCGCGAUCAACAAUCUCGUGACGAAAAAAAUAAGAAACAAUUCGCCCAUACCUCUCCUCGUACCCUUCUUGGUGUCCUUCGUCUCUCACAAGCUCUCGCUCGAUUACGUUUCAGUGAAGAAGUCGUUCAGGAUGAUGUCGAUGAAGCACUCAGACUUAUCGAGGCAUCUAAAGAGAGUUUGUAUGCUGAUCAAGAUGGAUACAGAAAGGAUUCAAGUCCAAGCAGUAGAAUUUAUAACAUGGUUAGAGCAUUGGCUGAAGCCGGUCAAUGCAGACCAGAGGAGGCCGAUGAUGAAGAUGAUGAAGAGACCUUGGGUAUGGAAUUGAGUAUGAAGAAGGUCAAGGAAAGAGUUAUUGCAAAGGGAUUCACAGAGGAUCAAUGGCGAAGUGCUGUGAUGGAAUACACUGAUCUUGAUAUCUGGCAAACUGCUGGCAAUGGAACGAGACUGUUAUUCGUCAUGUCGGAGGCAGCACAUAUGGCCAGGGAUGAAGAGUAUGAAAUGGAGUAA